GUUGUCCAUUAGCUCCAAUAUAUCUUGUAGAGUUAACCACAGAACAUACCCUAUUGGUAGUCAACUGUCAUUUUAGUUGCUCAAAAUAAUGCACAGGUUAAUGCUAUAACCUGAAGAAAAAAAACGAAGAAAUUUUGACGAAUAAAAAUGCUGAACUGUAUGAAAACUCUUGAAAGAAAUUAUUUAUCAAACUUUGAAAAGAAAAUAUGCUGUUGGUAUUCAAAUACAGCAGUAGAAGCAAAGGACGAGUUUCGAGUUCUUAAUAUAAGGAAAUCUAAAGGGGCAUUUCAAGAAAGAAAGCCGAAGAGAGUAAUGCCUGUAUUGCCUCCAAGAACAAAACAAAUGAAAGUAGAUCAAGAUUGGGGAAGUGUUUGGCCAGGCCCAAGAUCUUUUCAUCCAGCCACAGUUCCGUUACCAGUUAGACAAGGUUAUGUAGAAAAACGAGCUUCUCCUGAUAAAUUUGCAAAUGCAGAGUUGAUGAAAAUUCCCAAUUUUCUUCAUUUAACACCUCCUGUUAUUGAGAGACAAUGUAAAGCUUUAAAGAAAUUUUGCACCAGCUGGCCAAAAGCUUUAGACAAUGAUGAAAACUGUGAAAAGCAUUUUCCUUUUGAGUUUACAUUUAGUGAUUAUUGUUAUUCCUCCCCAUCUAUAAGAAAUCCUUUAGCUCGAAUAGUUACCAUGAAGUUUAAAUUGGAAUCAUUAAAAUUGAAUCGUAUAGCUAAAGAUAAAUUUUUAAGACUUGUUGGAGAUAGGUACGAUGAAGCAAGUGAUACUGUAACUAUAGUCACAGACAGAUGUCCCCUUAGAAAGCAGAAUUAUGACUACGCAUUAUACCUAAUUACUGCUCUAUACCACGAAUCUUGGAAUGUUGAACCUUGGGAACAGUUAAAAUCAGAAGCUGAUAUGGAAUGUUAUGAAUGGGAUAAAAGCAAAUCUAAAACCAACAUUGAACAAUUAUUUAAUACGACUUCUGAUAAAAUAGAUAAUAUUGAUAUGUAUGCAAAUGCAGUAGAUAGACUGAUGAAUGAAGGUGAAAAUGAGUAUACCAUUAACAAAUACGGAGAAGCAGUAAGAAAAAUUUUAGGCUUACCUUCUACUGUAACAUGCACGUAAAUUUUUAAGAAAAUAAAUAAUAUGUAAAUA